AUGGCUAGCCCUCCUGUGCUAGCUUUCGAUGCUGAGGGCCGCCCAGUGAAGUUCGAUACCUGGCUAGAUGACCUACACCUCUUCCUACAGCUCACUGCCAAGGAGGACAUCUCACUGUACGAUCACGCCCUAGGCCAUGCUACUGCUCCUGCUGCUACUGAUGACAGCACUGCCCGCUCACAGUGGCAGACUCGUGACGCCCACUCUCGCUUCGCUAUUCGCAACUCCCUGCCGAUAGACGAGCGCGAGCACUUUGGCCAGCACAAGACUGCACAGGCACUGUACACCGCUGUCGUUGCCGGCUACUCCUCACCUGCCUCUGCCGCGCUAGGCCGUCUCUCACUUCCCUACCUGCUUCCCGACCUGGCCUCGUUCCACACUGUCGCUGACCUCAUCACGCACCUCCGUACUAGUGAGGCCCGCUUCCGUGCCGCCAUGCCCGAUGAGUCGGGGCUGCGUCUGCCUCGAGCGGGCGCCGCAGCGGCAAGGGCAAAGGGGGCAAGGGAGGCUAAGGUGACGGCGGGGGAGGCGGUGGUGGGGGUGGUGGCGACGGUGGGGGUGGUGGUGGGACUGGUGGGGCUAGAGGCAGCGGUGGGGGUGGUGGCGGCAACAGCGGGGGCGGUGGCAGGGGCGGGGGCGGUGGUGGGGGCGGCGCUGGACGCGGCGGCGGCAGGGGAGGAGGCGGUCGAGGAGGUGGUGGCGGCAAUGGUGGUCGUGGAGGCACUGGCGGUGGCCAGAGCCUACAGCACUCUCCGUCGCCCCAGGAGCUCCUUCCCUGACGCCAUUGCGCUGCCCCGCUGGGCUGAUCUGAUGAAGAAAAACAUUGAUAUCUUUGCUCUAGACUUUGAUCCUAUUCUCCCUGCCAUGUAUGUGAUGUCUAUUAGUGGAGAGGGUGCCCAGUACCUGCGUGUUCCGCCCGACCCGGGCAUUCGACCCGGUGAGGCUACCGCUCUAGGUGCUAGACUGUCUGCUACCCCAGGUGCUGGUGAGGCUGCUGCUCUAGGUGCUGGUGCGUCUGCGCCCCCUGUUACUGAGUCGACUGAGGCACUGCACACCUUUACACUAAACUCAGUCCUUGUGACCUCCUCCACUGUCCUCCCCUGUCCGGCCGUCCCGUCGGGCACACUGUCCGGUCUCUACCUCCCCUCGUUCUCUACAAACUUGGUGGCGGGUAGUGCGCUCCAGGACAGGGGUGUCCACCAGUUCACCCCUGCCUACGAGCGCAUGACACACUGCACGUGUGCUCGGACGAGCCGUCACCUGGCGACCUUCACACGGCAGCCAGGGUCGGACCUGUACACACUGACUACUGAGUCCCCGCAGGUAGCUGCGUCUGCGUCUGCGUCAGGUCAGCUCUCGGCCCCCUGCUCGUGCUGCGCUCUGGCGCACAAGACAGUCCUCUGGCACCACCGACUUGGUCACUCGUCGGUGCAGCGCCUUCGGGCAAUGCACAAACGGUACCUUGUCUCUGGUCUUCCCAGGGUUCUCCCUCACCUCCCAGCCUCGCCUGCUCCUCCCUGCCUUCCCUGUGUCGAGGGGCGGCAGCGCGCUGCUCCUCACUCCUCCUCGUUUCCCCCGACGACUGCUCCCUUGCAGACGCUCCACAUGGACGUGUGGGGCCCCGCCCGCAUCUGUGGUCAGGGUCAGGAAAGGUACUUCCUGAUAGUUAUUGACGACUACUCGCGCUACACCACGGUCUUCCCCUUGCGCACCAAGGGUGAGGUCCCUGAUGUUUUGAUCCCUUGGAUCCGCGCUUCCCGUCUUCAGCUCAGCGAGCGUUUCCACUCGGACUUUCCUGUCCUGCGCUUUCACUCUGACAGAGGUGGUGAGUUCUCUUCUGACCUCUUGGCAGCCUACUGUGCGGAGCACGGCAUCCACCAGUCGUUCACGCUUCCAGCCUCUCCACAACAGAAUGGGGUUGCUGAGCGCCGCAUUGGCUUGGUCAUGGAGGUCACUCGUACCUCCUUGAUCCAUGCGGCUGCCCCCCACUUUCUGUGGCCGUUUGCGGUCCGAUACGGUGCGCAUCAGCUCAACCUCUGGCCCCGUGUCUCCUUGCCGGACACCUCCCUGACACUGCGUUGGACGGGAGAGGUUGGCGAUGCGUCGCGUUUUCGGGUCUGGGGAUCCCGAGCUUUUGUUCGCGAUACGUCCGCAGACAAGCUCUCCUCCCGCGCUGUUCGGUGUGUCUUCCUAGGCUUUGUUCCGGACGCGUCUGGUUGGCAGUUUUACCACCCUACCUCGCGCCGUGUCCUCGCCUCUCAGGACGUCACCUUUGACGAGUCGGUACCCUUCUACCGCCUCUUCCCCUACCGCACUGCCCCUUUCCCUCCCCCGCCUCUCUUCCUCGCGCCAGGUGCUGCUGUAGUAGACCCCCUCCCCCCUCAGGGUGCCACUCCCUCAGCUGUGUCCCAGGUAGACCCGGUUGAGCCUGUCGAGGUAGCUGUCGACUCUCGUCCUGCUCGGGGUGCUGAGCCUGAGCGUGCGGAGCCUAGGGUUGCGGAGACUGGGGGUGCUGAGCCGGGGGGUGCAGAGUCUGGGGGUACUGAGCCUGGGGGUGCGGAGUCUGGGGGUGCUGAGCCUGGGAGUACGGAGCCUGCUUGUGCUGAGUCUGGGGGUGUUGAGUCUGGGGGUGCUGAGCCUGGGAGUGCUACGCCUGGAGGAGCUCUCUCCUCACAGCAGCUUCGUGAGAGGAGUGGCGCUCCUAGUGUCGCGGACCCUGCUACUGGUGCUGCGGACCCGGGCGUUGGAGCUGCUGCUGGUGCUGCAGACCCGGGCGUUGGAGCUGCUGCUUGUGCUGCGGACCCGGGCGUUGGAGCUGCUGCUGGUGCUGCGGACAAGGGCUUUGGAGCUACUACUGGUGCUGCGGACCCGGGCGUUGGAGCUGCUACUGGUGCUGCAGACCCGGGCGUUGGAGGUGCUGGGGGUGCUGCUGGAGCUGCUGGAGGUUUUGGUGCUGUCUCUGCUGCUGCAGGGGGCACCUCACGGCCGCGGCCGUACUUUGUUCCACUCCUUCAGCAGGUUCUUAGUCAGUCACCUCCACCUUGUCCCCCUCCCUCUGUAGAGUGUCCACCGCCGGUCCAGUCGCAGUCACAGCUUCCGCCUGCCUCGCCACUUCCUUGUCCUUCUCCCAACACUGGUCCUACAGGCGGUCUCACAGAGCGUCGUCACCCUGAGUCUCGCCCUGUGUCGCCUGUGUCCCGUCCUGAGUCCCCUGUUCGUACUACUUCCACCACUUGUAGUACUCCGCGUGAGCAUCCGCCACCAGUCCCUGGCACACACCGGAUGUCACUGCGUCCCUCCAUUGCUUCACAGCGUGUCCCUCUGCCGUCUCGUUCUGAGUCCUCUCUUCCUGCUCUUGCUGACCCUGAGUCUGACUCUCUUCGUGCUGCCAGUCCUACUGUCACGCGUCUCCUGGCCACUGCUGUCACUAACUCUUCCUUUGAGUCUGCUGCUGCGUUUGGCCUAGUUGCUGAGCUUGUCGACUUGGGUACUACUGCAGAUGACCACUCUUCGGGUACUACUGCACGUUGCUGCUCAGCGUGA